GCAAGAUGGAGGGGCGGGGCUGGUGAGCGCCGGGCGGCUGCCGAUAAUUGCCGGGUGGAAGAUGCCAUGGUUUGCUGUCCCUGUUUCGUGGUGGUCUUGACAUGCAAGCUCUUCUCAGACGUAUUGCAUGAGGCUUGCUAGCCACUAUGUCCACCAGGAGGCUGCGCAGCGAGGACUACAACGACUACAGCUCCACAGAGGCUACGCCUGACGGGAGCCCCCCCGAAGGCAUAAACAGCUUUGCCGCUCCUUCAGCCUACCAGCGGUUCGGGGAGACCAAUGGGACAACAUGGUUUCAAACCUUGAUCCACCUGGUGAAAGGGAAUAUUGGUACUGGCCUGCUGGGACUGCCCCUGGCUGUAAAAAACGCUGGCAUCGUGCUGGGCCCGCUCAGUUUGCUGGUGAUGGGAAUUGCCGCAGUGCACUGUAUGGGCAUCCUGGUUAAAUGCGCUCACCGCUUCUGCAACAAAUAUCAAAGGCCUUUUGUGGACUAUGGAGAUGCUGUGAUGUAUGGGCUGGAAGCCAGCCCUAGCGCCUGGCUUCGGACCCACGCCAUCUGGGGAAGAUACAUAGUGGGAUUUUUCUUGAUUCUCACCCAGCUGGGGUUCUGCUGUGUGUAUUUCGUAUUUCUGGCUGACAAUCUGAAACAGGUGAUCUCUGCAGCAAAUGGCACCACCAAUGACUGCCAUUCCAACAAAACCACGGCGCUGACUCCCACCAUGGACUCCCGGUUGUUCAUCCUCUCCUUGCUGCCGUUCCUGGUGCUGCUCGUGUACAUACAGAAUCUCAAGUUCCUGUCCAUCUUCUCCAUGCUGGCCAACCUCGCCAUGCUGUGCAGUCUCCUCAUGAUAAAUUGGUAUAUCAUCACGGGCAUUCCGGAUCCCAGCAACCUGCCUCUCGUAGCAGGCUGGAAGACCUACCCUCUGUUUUUUGGCACGGCUAUCUUUGCUUUUGAAGGUAUCGGCGUGGUGCUCCCCCUGGAAAACAAAAUGAAGAAUCCUCGACACUUCCCAGUGGUCCUGUACGUGGGAAUGGCCAUAGUCACCAUCUUGUACAUCAGCCUGGGGACCAUGGGUUACCUGCGAUUUGGAGCCAGCAUCCAGGCCAGCAUUACUCUCAACCUGCCUGACUGCUGGCUGUACCAAUCUGUCAAGCUGCUGUACUCCAUUGGGAUCUUCUUCACCUACGCGCUGCAGUUCUACGUCCCUGCUGAAAUCAUUGUGCCCGGGGCUGUUUCCCAGGUGCCGGAGCGCUGGGCGCUGUGGGUCAACCUGCUCCUCAGGACAUGCCUCGUCUGCGUGACAUGCCUGCUGGCAAUCCUGAUUCCCCGCCUGGACAUCGUCAUCUCUCUGGUGGGCUCCGUGAGCAGCAGUGCUCUCGCCCUCAUCAUCCCUCCCCUGCUGGAGAUCACCACCUAUUACUCAGACGGUCUCCACCCCGUCACCAUCGCCAAAGACAUCCUGAUCAGCGUCCUGGGCUUUGCGGGGUUUGUGCGUGCAGUUCCCACUUUGGGGGUCUCAUUGCUUGGGUCUGGGAGGCCUGCAGAGAUGACUUGCAGCCCCUGGUUGGGAUGGAGAACCUUCCUUUGCUCCACUGGGAUCCUUCUGGCAGAUUCAGAUGACAUACCUACAGGUGCUAAGGUACUGCAGUUUUGAAGUGGACAUGCUUCUAAACUUAGAGUACCAAGGGGAGGGAAGAAACCUUUGGGCUGUUUCAGGGAUCUAGAUGACUGCUUCACAACCAAGGGUACCUCUACCCUUCCAAACUCCUCUCUGCCCAGAAAAAGAGAAUCUCAGAGUAUUUUCUGGUGCCAGCUCUUUUUGAGCACUUUAAUUCAUGGCAACAGAGCAGCUCCAGCCACUGAGUGACACAUUAGAGCCCUCAUCCCUAAGAGCUGUACAACCUGGAAAGUUACAGUGACAACAAGGGGAAAAGGGAGCAGGAAACUGCACAAGGAGAGGGAAUCUCUUGUGUGCGCUGCCCUGGCAGGCUGAUGUCACAGCCCUGUCUGACACUCGCUGUGUGUAAGCCAGGCCUCAGUGGGCAGAGCGCUCUCUGGCUUCAGGGGCCAAACACAUGAGCAUUAGAUGGCAACAUUGAUUGGAAGCCAUGUUACAAACCCCGUCUGGGCCCAGAUCCCCCUGCCACACCCUGUCUCCGGCUCCGUCCAUUCUAGGUAGUGUGGGAUGAGGCAAGUGUGUGUGUCUGGGUUUCAGAGAGGAAUGGGGGGUUGUGCUAAAUCUCUGACUUAAGUUUAGUUGUGAUUUCCCCCCCCACGCCCCGCUUGUGGACUCUGUAUAAGGGAUAUGGGCUUUAUCGAAAGCACUAGAAACAAGGUACGCACGGAGCAGGCUGGGGGCUCCAAAGUACUUAACUGCUUAGGCAGUUAUUUUAUUCUUGAACUAGGACCCCACUUUCCUUUGCACCUUUUCUUCAAAAACAGGGCAUGGGACAGGGAUGUCCCCUUGCCAGUACUUUAAGCUCACUCCCUUCCCCCUGGAACGCACCCUGCCUACAAGGGAUGUCUUCUGUUUACACCCACCGUAGCUACGCCCCUGCUGGGCGGUGCACCCUCACUGUUUGUUAUAAAUCACUGAUAGCACAAAUGCUGAAUCAUGACAAGGAGAACUGAAGGCACAUUGUUAUAAUGAGCCUGCAUUCCUCUUCUCUUCCCUUGCUGGGUUUAUCUUUUGUUCUCCGGCUAGUUAAGUUGGGGUCCCACCACUUGCUAAGUAGGAAGAAGCAUUAUCUGUUUUACCCACUUGGUUUGAUUAGUGAGGGAAGGGAACUGUCUGUUUUGUGUUCCUCUUUCAUUCAUUUCCCUUAACUUCACGCUAGAUCUCUAGACAGCUAUAAGCUGUUUAAAGCUUUUGUCAUUGUCAUGCUUUGGUAAAGCGAGGCUGGUCAGGACGCCAUAGCUCAUACAUGCGGCUUGUAACAGUUUGUCAGUGACCAAAGGACUAGAGUAAGCGAUCUUGGACCAGCGUGGAGGGUUUGACUUAAAAAUCUCUUCCUUCCGGUUAGCGUAAGAGGAAGGCAUCACUCACCUCUGAAUGAAAGUGCUAAUGAAUGGAGUGUUCGUAGAGUGAUGGCUGGAAAUCAAAUAGCAUCCCAGUAUGCGCUUCAGCACACAGACCCAUCCAGGAUGACUUUCUAGUGAUUUAUUUUUUAGCUUUACAUUGAUGUUUAAAGGUGCCGCUGAUGCCUCAGCAGGAUGGUUAGUUAAUCUCGUGUCUAAAAGAAAGCACAGUUUGAAUGUGCAUUGGACUGAACUUAUUUAUUUGCUAGGGUGGUUUUUUUGCACGACAGGGCCAAUGUGUAUUCAUCUUGAAAUAGAAGCUUGGAAGCCAGACUUGCAGCAGGUGAUCAACAGAGGUUUGUUCCCAAAGCCCUGUGCUGUAAUAUGAAUGGUCAGAAGGGAAGGUUGAUGCUGUCUCUAAACCAUCCAAAGCCGCUGAGCUCUUGGACUAGUGUAGCAAUGGAAAGCUCAGUCUAUACAAUGGCUGGAGCAUUUCAUUUAAUUAGAACGGGAGCAGGGUUUGAUUUUCCCCUUGGCUGCAAAGUGGCUGUCGUAGGUAACUAGCAGGGCCUAGCUGCUAACCUCUGCAGCCCUAACACAGGCCUGGAAAUGAAGUCUGUGCGCAUUUUCUUUUUUUAAUGGCAAUUCCAAAACACGGCUGGCAGGUCCUGCUGUACCCAAGAGGUUGGGUUGUGAGUACCUGACCCCGAGGGCUUUACUGGAAGAUGUCGAUUUAUGCUGUGGCAGUACCAAGGGUUGGUUUUAGACGGUACACUGGUAAAUGGGGCUGUUGUGCUUUUGCACUCCCCCAAAGCUGCUUCUGUCUCCAGGAGCCCUUAGGGAGAUGUUUAGGAAGCAAUUGUGGACCUACAUUUUCUGUGCUGCUCUCUCCGUGUACAUUCCUAACACAGAUGUUUUCAUUAAAUGGAGAGUUCUCUUCUCUUCCUUCUUCAGCUCCUGUUUCUCAGGUUGUUUCCUGAAGCAAACAACUCUUCACAGAGCAUUGUUCAUAUCUCCCUGAAAACAGCCUGACCAAAACAACGCAUAUUGGCACCUCUCAAACCCCUGAUGUGGGCCAAGCUUCUUUUCCACUCUCUAUCACCUCUCCUUCAAAGCCUCAAAGUGUGUCCUCCCCAGAGGCACACCUUUCCUUUAGAGAUCCACUCUCCCACCCCACAGAUACCCUGCUCUCUCUGCAGCCUCAGUGCAGCCAACAGAUUCUAGGAACAGAUCCCAGCUGGUCCGAGAGCCGGGCCUGGUUUCAGCAAGGAACACUGUGAUUGGUUUGAACUGAACUUGAGGAAAUAUAGGCAAAUCUGGCAUGCUCGCUUCUUGUUUCUGACACUGGAGAACAGCGGGGCUUACAGUUCUCUGGUUCUUUAGACCUCUUUGGAGAGAAGACAAAAUGCCAGGAUGAGAAGCCAUCUGGAGAUGAGCUCCAAUACAUAAACUGCCCCUGGGUCCCUGCUGUUGUGCAGAGGCUACUUAUGCAGCCUCUUUCCCCGCAGUGCAGUUGCAGCAUAGAAAUUGCAUUCAGUUCAGCACAGGGUGCAUACGCUGUCGAGACCUCUACACCAGUGUGCCCAGGCCUGGUGUCUUUCUGCAAGACUGUCAAGCCAGUCGUGUGGUGGGGUAGCUUUUUUUUUUUUAGCUGCAGGUCCCCACCCUUUACAUUUUUACUGCCACUCACAUCAUUGGAGUGCAUCUGCAGCCUUCCUGCUGAAGGUCAUAGCAAGCCCAGCAGCUAGUGAGGGCUUAUUACUGUUUACUUAGGGGACGCUCUUGAGUUGCCAGUUGAUGUCUAGCUGGAGUGUCCCUUUAAGACCAAGGACCUGACCCUGAUGUCGCUUGCUUUGGUGUAAAGUUCAAGAACCGGCCCUGAAAUCAGUGUGAGCGAGAUCAGGAUCAGCAGGCUCCUGUUCCAUGGAACUGCAUUGGGGAAUGGAGCCUGACGUGCACACUUCAUAUGGCAAGAGUGCAAUGUAAAAAAUCAGUGUGUGUGUGUAUAGAACUUACUCUGGUGUCUGAUUUCAUUACUGACAUGCAAAAUCAUUGGACCUCACCUUUUCUACCCAGCAUCAUUGCAUGCUGGAGGCUUGGGGAACAGUCUCAUGGCUUUGUCUUCUGUUUGCUGCAACGUUCCACCAAUGGAUAGCCACUACCUCCUGUUAUCAGCAGGGCUCUCCUCGCCUGCCUGCCAGCCAGCCAGCGUAAGGAUUGUUACAUCUAAUGGAACACUAAUGUGUGUUGCUCCCCCGGCCACUCCCACCCAUCCACACAUGCUGCUCUUGGCCACUAGGCAGUCCUGAUUGACCACUGAGGGGUGUCUCUUCUCCAUUUCCCCAGGUAGAAGUGGCAGUUCAAAUUAAGCCUAGCACUGCAUCAACCUGCCCUCCCUCACGUCAUGUAAAAUACUAAUGUCAGAAUGAUUGCUAAUGGGACAUGUACUGUUGGGGGCGAUAACAUGUCAUCUGUGUCCUCUUCCCACCUCCAUUUAAAAGCUUUUUCUGUUGUCAGCCCUGAGCUGAUGCAACACUGUACAGCUUGGGGGGGUUGGUUCAGUGGGCACUCUUGCACAGAACACAAUAUAGAUUAAAUAUAACGUUGCAUAGCACUUGGAUAACAUGGGAUUAUGUGCUCUCUGAAUAUUAGCAGCUUGCUGCUGGUUCAGAAGAGGGGGAAAACAGUUUUGUUUGUAGUAACUGCCUUGGCCAUAUAAUCAUGUUUAGAGGGCUAUUGCAAAAGUGGCCAUAUCUACGUUUGGAGCCCCUGAUCGCAUUUGACAUGCAUAUCAUGCUGUCCCUCUUCACUCCCAGUGGGAGUCUAGUUCUGGUGUGGUGCCACAUCUUCAAUCAAGGGAAUUAAAAGGGCAUUUUGUGGCAGAGCAGAGGGAAGGAGUGCAUGACAUGCCCAUCUGCAAUGGUCAAGAAACCCGGGACAAAAUUCCACUUUAGAUCUACCCCCGAAGUAACUCCAUUGACUAUGAAUGGAGUUGCGCUGGCUUUACCCCUGAUGAGAACAGCAUUUGGUCCCUGGUGUUCCGAAUGAAUGGUUGACCUGGCAGUUCAAAUAGCUGUGAAUUUAGACUAAUCAGUGCUGAAGUCCUCGCAUUGUAGAUUCUUAUGAUCAGGACAAUGUUGUUCAAUUUUUUUUUGAUUAGCUUAAAUGUUGGGCCUUUCCACUAUAUUUAAAUGAAAAUGAAGGGGUAGGGAGCAGGAUGCAUUUACCUGGGGUUACACUUAUCCAUGGAAUAACUGAAUAAUUGCGGAAUGAAGUGUAUUUUGACAUAAGGUAGUCACAGCCAACAUUGGACUGGAUGAUCAGUGAGACCUACCAUUUGACUUCUACAUUGUCAGCAGGUCAGUGACCAGGAAAAGUGUGUGUGUGUGUAAAUAUAUCUAAUCUGUUGAUGUGUGUUUUUUGUGCCUGCAUGUAUGUAUAUUGCCAGCACACAGUAUGUAUAUCUGCCCCGUGAAAGAACUUUUGUAUUUGGUGCUGUACCUGGAUCAUGUAUUCUGUUAUUUUAUUCAAUAAAUAAGGUCUAUUUUUAUUUUA